AUGCCUUCCCUCGAGUCUCUGCCUGCAGAGCUCCUCCUUAAUGUGGUGGAAUACAUUCCACGUCCUUCCGACCGCAAGUCGCUUUGUUUGGUCUGCAAACUGCUACGAGUACCCGCCACGACCCUGCUUUAUCAGCGGGUUGUCCUCGACAAUACGACACCCAAAUGGACCUCUUUCAAGCCCGAGACUGGUAUGCUAUUCAAGACCAACCCAGGGCUUGGACAGAUUCGCCACGUCACUUUCGAUUCCAUGAGCAAGAAAGUGUUGCCCGAAGAGGUCCAGGCCAUGACCGCAGUGCUUCAGUCUUUGCCGAGGAACACACUGCGUUCGAUAGACUGCCGAAGAUUCGCGGUCGAUGAGAAGAUAGCAUCUCUCGUGAUUGCACAACAACGGAACCUCAUCUCCCUAGCCCUCGGUCCUCUCACUUUCAACCUCACGCCCUUCAUCAAGCUCGAGCUGUUCGGCCCGUCGACAUUUGCCAAUGUGACGACCUUGGAGGUACCGCUCAUUAUCGGCAGCCUCGACGACCUCGAGCUCUAUCAGUGGUUCAUAGCAAGAGCACCUUUGCGCCGACUUGCCAUUCGAACUGAGCUCUCGUGCAACCCUUUGCCAGGAGGGUUAUUCGAUUCGAAUGGCUCUGAUGGAUUGCUCUCGCGGACACUUUUCUCCCACCUCACGAAUGAUAGUACCGCACCACGAGCUCAGAUCGAGGGCCUUGGAAUGGAGUACACGAACUUGCAACAGGCCACAAGGACCUUCUCAAGAUUUGUUGAUUUCUCUCAUCUUCGAAGCCUCGAGCUGUACGAUUGCGCUGGCACCGACGUGUUCAUUGAUGCCAUGGCCGGCCAUUUCCAAGAGCAUGGCGGCUGCAAGCUUGAACAUUUCGCUUACUCUAUCGUUGAGGAGGAUCACAUCAGCUACAAGGUUGUGGAGAAGGUCCUCCGUACCUGUGAAGGGUUGAAAUCGCUCAUGCUAUUUGGGAUUGACGACUUCGCUCAUUUCGACCUCAAGCUGUUUCAAAAACAUGGAAGCUCCCUACAAGCUCUAGCGCUGCAACCUGAUGCUUCUGAGGAUAGCGAUUGCGAGGAAAUGGGCUUGACCAAAGGUUUCUACUCAACAAUCGCUGCACACUGCCAGAAUCUGCGAGAGCUUGCAUUACCUAUGCCCGACGUCCAGUUUGGAAUCGACGAACCAAGGGCUUCGCAGGACUUUGACUCGGCGAUGCUGGCUCUCCUCGGUCUACCAGAUCUCAAGAGCUUUCGUGUCUUCAACUGGCCAGUCCCUGCCAAAGCGUUUCCUGAAGACACGACAGAUGACCCCUUGCUUCAACGAGAUUAUAUGCUCGAGAUGGACGAUUUCGCCUACACACACCUUGCCAAGCUCGUCAACCAACGCGAGCAGACGCAUUCUCCUCCUAUUCUCUGCUUUGCCGGUUUGUCGGGUAACAAAGCCGUUUACGACAACGAAGAGCUUCAGCUACCUGGUCCGGUGUGCUACGUGCCUCUCAAGCAAGGCGAUGGCUUCGCUAAGCCACAGAUUGGACUUCAGAAGAUGACCCUUUCUGACGUGGAGUAUGUUGAGCCGGAAGUCAAGAUUUUGCGCUGGCCGUUCACACUCCUCUGA